AUGACUGAUGGAGACUAUGAUUAUCUGAUCAAACUCCUGGCCCUUGGAGACUCUGGGGUUGGAAAAACAACGUUCCUGUACAGAUACACCGAUAACAAAUUUAAUCCAAAAUUCAUCACGACAGUAGGGAUAGAUUUUCGGGAAAAACGAGUGGUAUACAACAGCAGAGGACCAAAUGGAUCUCCAGGAAAAGCCUUCAAGGUACAUCUCCAGCUUUGGGACACAGCCGGACAGGAAAGGUUUCGAAGUCUCACCACAGCGUUUUUCAGAGAUGCUAUGGGCUUUUUACUGAUGUUUGAUCUCACCAGUCAACAGAGCUUCUUAAAUGUCAGAAAUUGGAUGAGUCAGCUGCAAGCCAAUGCAUAUUGUGAGAAUCCAGAUAUAGUCUUAAUUGGUAAUAAAGCUGAUUUAUCAGACCAAAGGGAGGUAAAUGAAAGGCAAGCAAAAGAUCUGGCAGACAAAUAUGGCAUACCGUACUUCGAAACAAGUGCUGCUACCGGACAGAACGUGGAGAAGGCUGUGGACACGCUUCUGGACUUGAUAAUGAAGCGUAUGGAGCAGUGUGUGGACAAGACACAGGUCUCCGACACAGCCAACGGAGGAAGCUCGGGAAAGCUAGAUUCAGCAAAACCGGAGGAGAAAAAGUGUGCCUGCUAG